ACUGGCAUUGACCAGUAGAUUAAAAUACAGCACCAAACCUAAUACACGGCAAUUCGUUGACUGGUCGCUGGGUAGGUGAUACUGAGGAAUAGACAGUCAUGUCUGGGUAUCCUUUUGUGGCAGCGAUUGACUUCGGAACAACUAAUUCCGGGUAUGCCUUCUCAACCAAACACGACUAUGAGACAUCUCCCUUGAAGAUAUCAGCAGCCUCCUGGGUGGCUGGAUCAGCCCGUCUGCAGUCACAAAAGACUCCGACGUGUGUCCUUUUUGAUGAAAACAAAAAGUUUCACUCGUUUGGUUAUGAAGCUGAAGACAAAUACUCCGAUUUGGCAUUGGAUGAAGAACACGAGGAAUGGUACUAUUUUCGAAGGUUCAAGAUGGAGCUAUACAGCCGAAGUGACUUCAGUAGCAGUUUCGAACUCAAAACGCAAGAUGGAAAAUCGAUGAAGGCAAUGGAUGUGUUCUCUGCAUGUAUCGAAUUUCUGAAGGAUCACUUACUAAAAACAGCCGAAAAGCAGGGCGUGACUUUCGAUAAGGGUGAUAUUCGUUGGAUCCUGACAGUACCCGCUAUAUGGACGGAACCCGGAAAGCAAUUCAUGAGGAAAGCAGCUGAACAGGCGGGAAUAUCCCCAACUCAUCUGAAGCUGGUACUGGAACCUGAAGCUGCUGCAAUUUAUUGCACCAACUUACCUAUAGACAAGAUAUGUGCAGACGGAGAAAAUAUGACAGUGUUCCAAAAAGGAACGAAAUAUAUGGUUCUGGAUGCUGGGGGUGGUACAAUUGACAUUACGGUUCAGGAGGUACAGAGUGGCGGGGUCCUAAAGGAACUUUACAAAGCAAACGGAGGUGACUGGGGAGGUACAAGUGUCGACCAGCAGUUUGAGGAGCUUUUACAAGAUAUCGUUGGCAAGGAUCUGUUCCAAGACUUUAAACAAAAUGAGAUUUUAGAUGCGCUGAACCUGUACAGGAAUUUCGAAAUGAAGAAAAGAACCAUUCAGCAAGAAACAGACGGCAGUGUUACGAUCACCGUUCCCCCAGUUUUACAGAAAUUGUCCAAGACAGGAAAGAAAGGUGGGGACCCAAAUACUGGGUCUAACAAAAAGCACGGUAACGUAUCAUGGGUGAGAGAUAAACUCCAAAUCCCCGACAAGCUGGCAAGAGAUUUGUUUUCGAAAUCUAUUGAUGCUAUUAUCUCCCAUGUGAAGAACAUUUUUUCCAAACCGGAGGUGAAAGGGACAUCAAUUAUCCUGAUGGUGGGAGGCUAUUCUGAAUGUGAACUUCUUCAACAUGCCAUCAAAACUGCUUUCUCCGACAAGAAGAUUAUUGUUCCUUAUGAAGCUGGUUUAUCGAUAUUGAAAGGGGCUGUAAUCAAUGGGCAUGUACCCAAUAUCAUAACAACAAGAGUUUGCAGAUUCACGUACGGCGUUGCCUGCAACAGGACAUUCAGAGAAGGGAAAGACAAGGAGGAGUACCGAGUGAAAGGAGCAAAGGGGGAUAGUAGAUGCGUAAAUGGAUUUAAAGUAUAUGCCUGUACAGAAACAUCCGUAGAACUGGGAACCGCUGUCAACAAGUACGCCUUCCAUGUUAGCAGCCCGCACGAGACUGGCAUCGACCUCCCUGUCUACGCCUCAGAGGAACCCGAUCCCGAUUACGUCACAAACGAAAAAUGUCAGAAGCUAGGUAUGCUCAGAAUCGAGAUGCCGGACAUUUCUAAAGGAAUACAUAGGUCGGUGGAAGUAGAAAUGAUCUUUGGAGGAACAGAGUUGGAGGUUAGAGCGGUAGACUCAAGCACAAAGAAGAUAACACAAGCGUCGUUUAAUUUCGUUGGUUAGAAGGAAACAAACAGGGCCGUUUGUUACAAAACGUUUAAAAAGUAAAUAGAGUAAGUGUAAAUACAGAUCGGUCACCUGCAUACUCGGCAUGUUGUUAUCAAAGGACUAAUAUAAAAACGACAGUAUAAGUACAAGCGCUGUAGACGUUCACCACAGACAUGCGUGUUUAACCAGCGGACAUAAUUGUUUAUUACUUAGAAUCACACCUUGCUGUCUACAAGACCAGUUGUAUUAUUCAAAAGACUCGACAGCAGUGCUAUUAACUUAAAUUAUUGGUGAUAUACAUAUGCAUAUGUAUAUAACAUUGUGAAAUGCUGAGUUGGUCAUAUGUAUUAUUCAAAUGACUGGACAUUGCUUUGGGCUUAUCACACUGCACUGAAAGGCGCAUAAGAUGACCUUUUGUAAGUGAUUUGAAAGGUCAAGUCUGAUAUUGAUAUAUUUUCAGUUACAAAUUAUGCUUUGUUUAAGUACAUUUUACAUGGAGAAAAUAAUAAAACAUACUUUGCAAAAACUAAUUUUGAUUUUGU